AAUUAAUAUUAAUUGUCAAGGACUAAAAGAAAAAUAACACUGAAAACAUAAAUGCGUGGCAAUUUUUUAAAAUAAAUAUCGACACGUACACCGAGAAAAAUUUAGUUUCAAAUACAGUUCAACUGAGUUUUUAGUGGUCAAACUGGUUUGUAAAUGCUAGUUGUUGUUCUUUCCGGUAUUAUUGCCACGUGUCUGGCCGUGAAGCAGACAGAUUUUUCCGUGCAUAUCAAAGGACAACUUGUGUGUGAUGAUGUCCCUGCUGCCAACAUGCCAAUGGACAUUUUUUCUGAAGCACAAAUGUUCAGAUACGAAGAUUUUAUGGAUCGAUGGACAAACGAGAAAGGAGAAUUUGAUUUCAAAGCCUAUGUGACAACUGAUGCUUAUAUGAUUACUCCUUAUGUCGUUAUCAUUCACAGAUGCUGGGAAUCUAAAGAAGUUCCACAUCGUUGCGAUCGGAAAAUCGUCCAACCAAUCCCACCACUCAAUGUCACUGUUAACUCGAAGACUCCUGAUGAGAAGAAAGUGUACAACUUUGGAAAAGUCGAUCUUCGCUUUAAGAAUCCUGCCGAAGUUACUGUGAAAUGUGGAUAAUAAUAAUUUUUGUUUGGAAAUCAUAAAUAAAGAUGUAUAGGUCAUAGA